AUGCCACCACAAGUUACGUUCAUUAAACUCACAGAUAGAUCAACUAUACCAAUUAAGGUCUUUGUAAAGAAGAACCUCAAUGGUAAGACAGUUUCUACUCAAGAUAAAAGAUCAGUUGCAAUUAAUUCGAAAUCACUAAUAACGUUAAAUAAUCAACCAUUUCAAAUCCAAUUAUCCAACGAUUAUUUAAAUUCAUUAGUAUCAAAACUAAAACCAGAAUUAUUACCAAUUCUAAUAUACAAUGAUAAUUUAGAAUCUCAACUGUUAACAAUAGAUGAUAAUAUCAAGGUGGUAAUAUCACUGAAGUUGAUAUUGACUAUUAGAAGAGCAUUAGGAAUGCUUGAUCCUGAACAUCCAAUGUUUAACAAACUUCCAUUUUCAGACAAUACUAUACGCGUGCUACAAGUUAAAAAAAGAUAUAUUGAUAAUGAGAAAGUCAAUUUCCAAUAUAAACCAAAUAGAAUUAUAGGAUCUUUGAAAGAUGCCAUUCAUGUGUAUAUUAAAUAG